AUGAUUUCCAAUCCUUCUUCGUCAUCCUUCAUCACCACUUCGGACAGCAGUAGUGGCGAACAAGAUCCAUCCUCUUCCUCCUCUUCCCAUUUGAUGGCAACAAGAAAACACAUCAUGCACCAUCAUCGUGAAGGUGAAGAAUCGAGUACCAAUUUAGACUUGUUGGACAUUGAAGUGGUCGAUGAUGAAACUGGAAAAGUUUUAGAAAAAGAAGAAGAAUCCGUUGCAGAAUUAAUUCAUGAUGACAUUGAAGAGCAAGCCAACGGAGAAAACGCAGAAAAGAUUGAUGGAGAUUUGAUAGCAGGUGGAGAUGAUGAUUCAAAGGACGAUGAAGCAGAACCACCUGCUCCGAAGGCUAUCAAAGAGAAUUUCGACAAGUUGAAUGAAUUACUCCAAAAGACUGAAACUUAUUCUCGUUUUAUUCAUGAACAUGUCGUAGGUACAUUACCUGGCACUCAUGAUGAAGAAGAACAAGCAAGUGAUGAAGAAGAGGAAGGUGAAGCAAACUCGGAAGAAGAAAAUGGAAAGAGAAAGCGACGUGGAAGAAAACCAACCACUUCGAAUGAAUCAGCUCAAAAAAAAUUGAAAAGUGUGUUCAGCAAAUCGAAAAUUCUUCAAACAGCAAAUCAAACCAUUCUCAAGUAUGAACAACCCAAGUACUUAACUGGAACCACUCUCAGAGAUUAUCAACUAAUGGGUGUGAAUUGGCUGAUCAGUUUGUAUGAAAAUGGUGUGAAUGGAAUAUUGGCAGAUGAAAUGGGUUUGGGAAAGACCAUUCAAACCAUUGGAUUGUUUUGUCACCUCUAUGAAAAGGGUGUGAAAGGUCCAUUUCUAGUGGUUGCUCCUCUCUCAACUGUAUCCAAUUGGGUGAAUGAAAUUGAUAAAUGGGCACCAGAGUUGGGUUGUGUUCUUUAUCAUGGAAAUAAGGAUGACCGUGCAAUGAUUCGAUCUAAAAGCUUUAAAAAAGUGAAAAAGGGUCAAAUUUCUGUCGUGGUUUCAAGUUAUGAAAUUGUAAUGCGUGAUAAGAAAUUUCUUGCUAACAAAUUCAAUUGGAAAUACAUUGUUGUAGAUGAAGCACAUCGAUUGAAAAACUUUAAUUGUCGACUCACAAGAGAGUUAAAACAAUACAAUAGUGAGAAUCGAUUACUAUUAACAGGAACACCUCUUCAAAACAAUCUCUCAGAGUUAUGGUCAUUGUUAAACUUUUUAUUACCUUCUAUUUUUGAUGAUCUUUCUGCAUUUAACAAGUGGUUUGAUUUUACAAAGAAUCAAGGUACCAAUAAUGAAUAUAUUGCAAAUGAAAAGACUCAACUCAUCUCUAAACUUCAUAAUAUAUUACGUCCAUUCCUGUUGAGAAGAUUGAAGAGUGAUGUUGAUAUUGGUAUUCCAAAGAAGAGAGAAUUUCUUGUCUAUGCUCACAUGACUCAAAUGCAACGAGAAUAUUAUGAGGCUGUCAGGAAGAAGGAUUUGGCGCCAAUUUUCCAAGACGAAAAGACAAGAAAGGCUUCCACCAAUAAUUUACUGAAUAUUCUCAUGCAAUUGAGAAAGAUUUGUAAUCAUCCAUUUUUGAUCAAAGAGUUUGAAUCACAUUCAGGUGAAUCUGAACGUGCCUCCAAUAAGAGAUUCCUCAAAGAAUGUGUUGAAAAUUGUGGCAAAUUUUCACUCUUGGUGAGAAUGUUAGAAAAUCUAAAGAAAAAUGGACACAAAGUACUUGUCUUUUCAUUAAUGACUAGAUUUCUAGAUGUUCUUGAAGAUUAUAUUGAAUGUAGAGGAGAUAUGAAAUAUUGCAGAAUUGAUGGAUCUAUUGCACAGACUGAACGUGAACAAAAGAUUAAGGAAUUUAAUGAAAAUGAUGAUGUGUUUAUAUUUUUAUUAUCUACAAGAGCAGGAGGAUUGGGUAUUAAUUUGACUGCUGCUGAUACGGUCAUUAUUUAUGAUAGUGAUUGGAAUCCUCAAAUUGAUUUACAAGCUCAAGAUCGUUGUCAUCGAAUUGGACAAACAAGAAACGUCAGAAUAUUCAGACUACUCACAUUGGACACUGUUGAGAAGAAAGUAUUGCAAACAGCGACUAAAAAACUCAAACUAGAGAGAUUGAUUAUCCAUAAAGGUAACUUUAAAGGAAAUCAACACCAACCAAACAAGAUGACCAUUACUGCUCAAAAUUUAUUGGAGAUUUUGUCCGAUGAUAAGGACAGCACUGCUGCGAAGUCGAAUACUGGCAAUGCUCAACAUGAUGAAAUUGAUGAUGAGACUUUGGAUCGUUUGAUCAAUGAAAGAGAUGAACAUUCGACUUUACCUGCCUCUGGAGUGGGCUAUGAAGAGGCUCACUUAUUUGAAGAACAGUACCACUAG